AUGACAAUUGAUUAUUAUCCACUUUCUCAACCUAAACCGCAAGCAACAACAUGUUCAUCUGUUAUUAAAAUGAUUUUAGUUUUACAAACAAAACCAAAUUCCUAUAAAUCAUUUUUAUCUCGAAUUGCACUUAUUCGUUGUUGUCCACAUCCAUUAAAAUCAACUGUUGAAAAACAAUUAAAAAAUUAUGAAGCUGAUAUAUCUGAAGAAAAUACAAAAUCUCUUUUAUCGAUUGCUAAAACUAUAACAUAUGAAAAUUCUAUUCCAUUGUGA